AUGCUCCGGGCCAUCGACGAGAACGAAUGGUGCUCGGACCUACGCGGGGCGGUCAUGCUACGCCUGGCUUCAGAGUCGGGCUUUAUGCUCGCUAGCAGAGCGGACAUUGACAAGGGAAAGACCGAGCGGGAGUCCCGGAAGGUGUCGUACAAAAGCUCCGCUUUUCACCUUAUCCUGCCAUUUAUGGCGUACUUUAAGGAUCUACGCCUGACGGAAAUCAAGUGCGACGAACACAGCCUGCUGACGAUGGUGGGGCACAUGUGGGGUGCAUAUGACGAAGAGCGAGGAAUUUCAUGUGCAGAAAUGGACAAGGAAGUCCCCGUUUUCCUGCCGCCGAUGAAGUGCACCACGUACCGUGUAGCGCGCGAGGCAAUGCACACCAACCUGGUGUCCGCUCUCCAGGUGGUCACCAACAGGUACACGGACGGUAACGGCAACGCGCGGAAGGAAAUCACGUCCGACUACAUCCUAGAGACGAUGCAGGCUGAGAUCGAUAAGCAGUCGGAGCUGGCCAUGCGCGGUUUAGGGCGGGCUAUGUUCUCCAAGGGUCUGCCUCCAGCCAGGCAUAGCAGGCCCGCGGGUCCGGGCGAGAUCAUGGAGAACAUGACCUACAUGGACGUAUACGGGUGCCAACCCACCGCACCCUAUCACCUCCCCUUUGCAGACACCAGGGAAAAGUCACCCCUGGCGUUAAAAACUUGA